UUUGACAGAUUUUUCAACUCUCUCUUGGUGUCCCCUUCAACAGUCUCUCUCUCUCCCUCAUUUAUAUUCCCUCCUGGGUUUACUCCCUUCUUCCCUCUUCUCCACGUUCUUGCCUCUCUCUCUCACUCUCUCUCUCUGAACGUUUUGAGUUCUCAAAUCUCUCUGCAGAUCUUGGCCAAAUCAAGAAUUUGCUUCAGCCCUCUUGAUAUCAUCUUCAACCAACCAGUACCCUCGAUUUCUUUGCCGUUUUCGAGUCGUCAUUGAGUGGAUGUUGUUGUUCUUGUCACGCACACGAGCAAAAGAAACUUUUCUUGGUUUCUUUCUUUUGGUGGGGACAUGGAUCUUGUGACCAAGGCCUCACUGAUCCAUGUCUCUGAGACCAUCCCUCCUUCCACAAGUGAGGCGACCACCUCGCUUGCUCACGCUCCUCUGCACAACUCGGGCCCGGGCUUCCCGAUCAUGGCCAUUGCCAUCAUAGGCAUCGUGGCCACAGCCUUCUUGCUGGUCAGCUACUACAUAUUCGUGAUCAAGUGUUGCCUGAACUGGCACCGGGUUGAUCUCCUCAGCCGGUUCUCCCUCUCGCGGAGAGGCCGCCACCGCCCUGAAGACUCCUUAUUGAUGCACUCUCCGGCGAUGAUGGAGCCCCGAGGCCUCGACGACGCGGCUAUCCGAUCGAUCCCGAUACUCCAAUUCAGGAGCAGGGGAGGCAAGAGCAGAGAUUUUGGGGAGAGGAGCUUUUGUGAGUGCGCGGUCUGCUUGAAUGAGUUCCAAGAGGAUGAGAAGCUCAAGAUCAUCCCAAAUUGCAGCCAUGUGUUCCACAUCGAUUGCAUUGACAUUUGGCUUCAGAACAAUGCCAAUUGCCCGCUCUGCCGGACAAGCGUCUCUAGCGCAGCAGCGGCGGGUCUGCUGCCGCCACUGUUCCCGCGGGACCGUAUCAUCGCGCCGAGCUCAACCCCGGAGGACACGAGCCCCUAUGACGGCAGGGCAACUGUCGUCGGCGGGGACGAGGACUUUGUUGUGAUUGAAUUGGGAAGGCCAGAGGAUGCUGGUCCUGAGGGGCAGAGCCAGAGCCAGAGGCUGUGGAUAGGGCAUGAGAGAGUGCAAUCUGGCUGCUCAUCAUCAUCACCAACUCAGGCCAUAAGCCCUUCACUUGGGAAGUUGGAAAAGAGCGGAUUGGCCAAGAAAGGCAGGGCAAGGAAGCUUCACAAGAUGACGAGCAUGGGUGAUGAGUUCAUUGACAUUAGGGAGAGAGAUGAUGAGUUCUUGGUUCAGCCAAUUAGGAGGUCAAUCUCAAUGGACUCAUCUGCUGAUAGACAGUUAUUCUUGGCAGUCCAAGAGAUUUUGAAGCAGAAGAGAGAGGAGGCGUUCAGGUUCAGUGAAGUUAAUGUCAUUAGUCCUCAAAAUCAAGAAGGUUGCAGCAGCAGCAGCAGCAACAGCAACAGAGUGAGGAGGACAUUCUUUUCUUUUGGGCAUGGUAGGGUCUCAAGAAGUGCAGUUCAGCCAGUUUGCUUGGAACCUUAGGAAAGAGGGAAACAAACUUCUUCCCCCUUUUUGUCAAAUUUGUUUUCUUUAGAAAUUUCAGGUUAUUUGCUCAUAAGUUCUUUUGUUUUUCUUUUGUUCACAUGUACCAAAAAGUAUAGGACUUCAUUAGAAUUAUUUACUGGGAUUCAAAAUGUGAAAGGCUAGCUGGAUUUAAUUUAUGGGUUGGUGGUGCCACAACAUCAUUUGGUGGAACCACUAACUCUAAUUUAAUCAUUUUUUCCA